GGUGUGCACCGAGCGCGCGGGCAGCGCCCGUCGUGCUUUUAGCGCGUUGCUGCACCUCCACUUCGGCCUCUGUGCGCCUCCGCCGGGGCUGAAGUUCACGCCUGGUUAGUACUGGGCGAGAGCUAUGCUGCCAGGCCCACCUCGGCUUUGAGGCGAGAGGAGCCGCCCCGGCCUCUCUCCGCUUGCUGACUUGCGUCGAGCCCGGGACCACCAUGUCCACGGGGUUCUCCUUCGGAUCCGGAGCUUUGGGCUCCACCACCGUAGCCGCCGGCGGGACCGGCACAGGAAGCGGAUUCUCCUUCGGGUCCGGGACGUCUAGCAAUCCUGUGGGGCUCAAUCUUGGAACUCUUGGAAACACUGCAACUCCAGCAGCCACUUCUGCUCCUUCCAGUGGUUUUGGAACUGGACUCUUUGGAUCUAAGCCUGCCACUGGGUUCACUCUAGGAGGAACAAGUACUGGAACACCAGCCACUACAUCUGCAUCUACAACAGGAUUUAGUUUAGGAUUCAGUAAACCUGCCGCAUCUGCCACACCAUUUGCCCUGCCUGUUACUUCUACCUCAGCUAGUGGUCUCACGCUUUCAUCUGCUCUGACAUCAACGCCAGCAGCAUCCACAGGAUUUACUCUAAACAAUUUGGGAGCAACAACAGCCACAACUACAACCGGAUCCACAGGCCUUUCUUUAGGGGGAGCCUUAGCUGGUCUGGGAGGUUCGCUAUUCCAGACAAAUACAGCAACAUCAGGUCUUGGACAGAAUGCUUUAACCUUGUCUUUGGGAACUACAGCACCCACUUCAAGUGUAGGCAGUGAAGGCCUUGGUGGUAUAGAUUUUAGUACCUCAUCAGAUAAAAAGAGUGAUAAAACAGGAACAAGACCAGAGGAUAGUAAAGCACUGAAAGAUGAAACCCUACCUCCUGUCAUCUGUCAGGAUGUUGAAAAUCUCCAGAAAUUUGUCAAGGAACAAAAACAGGUUCAAGAGGAAAUUAGUAGAAUGUCUUCCAAAGCCAUGCUUAAAGUCCAAGAAGACAUUAAAGCUCUGAAGCAGCUUCUGUCUUUAGCUGCCAGUGGAUUGCAGAGAAACACCCUCAAUAUUGACAAAUUGAAAAUAGAAACGGCUCAGGAGUUAAAGAAUGCUGAAAUAGCUUUAAGAACCCAGAAAACACCACCUGGACUCCAGCAUGAAAAUACAGCUCCUGCUGACUACUUCAGAAUCUUGGUUCAGCAGUUUGAGGUACAGCUUCAGCAGUACAGACAACAAAUUGAAGAACUGGAAAAUCAUCUUGCCUCUCAAGCAAAUAAUUCACAUAUCACCCCCCAAGAUUUAUCAAUGGCUAUGCAGAAAAUUUAUCAAACGUUUGUAGCUUUAGCUGCACAACUUCAGUCUAUUCAUGAAAAUGUAAAGGUGCUCAAAGAACAGUACCUUGGUUACAGGAAAAUGUUCUUGGGAGAUGCUGUAGAUGUGUUUGAAGCUAGGCGAGCAGAAGCCAAGAAGUGGCAGAAUGCACCUAGAGUUACUACUGGACCCACCCCUUUCAGCACCAUGCCAAAUGCAGCAGCCGUUGCCAUGGCUGCCACACUUACACAGCAGCAACAGCCUGCUACAGGGCCACAGCCAUCUCUGGGAGUUAGUUUUGGAACGCCAUUCGGCUCAGGUAUUGGCACUGGCUUGCAAUCAAGUGGCUUAGGUUCUUCAAACCUUGGAGGAUUUGGAGCUAGCUCUGGUUUUGGAUGCAGCACCACAGGGGCCUCUACAUUUGGAUUUGGAACAACAAAUAAACCCUCAGGAAGUCUUAGUGCAGGCUUUGGCAGCUCAAGUACAUCUGGGUUUAACUUCAGCAACCCUGGCAUCACGGCAUCAGCUGGUUUGACAUUUGGGGUGUCCAAUCCUGCCUCUGCAGGUUUUGGAACAGGAGGACAACUCCUUCAGUUGAAGAAACCUCCAGCUGGAAACAAAAGAGGAAAAAGAUAAACAUAUGGGUUGAUGUGUUGAGAGACUGCUUAGCCAGCGCCGCUCCCUCUAUGAUUCUAUUUUUCUAAUGCAGCAAUGGAAUUGCAUCCCAGGAGAUUUAUAAAGCUUUUGUAUUUUUUCCCUACUCUGGAAUUUGAACUUUGUUUGCCAUACUGAGCUUCAUCUUUCUUGUGAAUUUAAAAUCCAAUUUUGGUUUUUUUUUAAUUCUAAAUGUAGGAAAUGUGAUUACAUUAAUGAUUGAUAGUGGUAAAAACAACAAAAAAACAUUAACCUAAAACCUAUGAUUUAACGUAGUGUUGAUGUCAGUGUUUUUGUUGAUAAGGUAAUAUGCACAUUGGUUUCUUACACAGAUGGUAUGAACUGUGGCGCCUAUACUUGUAUUGGUUAGUUCCUUAAAAUGGUAUUUUGAACUAUACUGCAGGGCAUCUUGUGAAUAUGUAUAUAGUUAUAUGCAGAAUAAUACACACUUAUGUGUGCAUAUGAAAUAUAUAUUUACAGACUUACUACUUUUGCCUCAGACUGUUCCCCUUUUCUAGUGAUAUUCAAUUUUUCACCUUUUAAGCCUGAAAUCCUCAGUACUUACAGUGAUCAGCUAGAGAGGUACCCAGUCAUUUCAUUUGUUUGUAACACUUACUAACACUUACUAAGUGGUUAUUGACAUAAAUAAUUAACCAACUCCCAGUCCUUUCUGUUUUUGUUUCCACCUCAACCUUUAGUAGAUACUUCCAGUGAGGGGUACUGCUAAGACUCAUCACCAGAUUUUAACAACCUUUCCCCUUACUUACUCCCCUCCUACUACAAUGAGAUCAUUUUUCCUAUCUGAAAUGGGCUUUCAGGAGCAUAGUUAAACUCCAGACUGCAGUCCUGGGGACAAAGAGGUAUUAAGCCAAAUUGAAUCUAUGCAGGUGAAGGGCAGACGCAUUGUUAAUUCACUGAGAACUUAUUUAGCUGUGCCAGCACAGAGGCCCUUCUUACAGGGCUAACUGACACCAAAUGGAGGCUUCUCAGCCUUAUAUGUCUUAAGUGAGUGUAUAAUUUGGAAUAGAGAAAAAUGGAUUUUAAGAAAAAUAUUCUUUGUGACAACUGUAAACAUACAGUUUUAACAGUGAACAAAGCUCCAGAUGAUGGAGCAGAGGCGUGUCAGGUUGUGCCAAUGUAAUAUAUGUCUAUAUUAGCAGUGAUGUCGAGUGUGUAAACAAGAACCCUUACAAAGAGAAAUGCCUUAGCCACAAUUUCUGAAAACCAGUAGAUAGACCUCUAUUUAUCUUUCAAGUACAGUUUGCAAAUGGGAUAGAAAAAUGGAGUUUCACUGAAAAUAGUUUUAAGUUUUUUAUAUAGAAGGUUUUGUACAUAAUGUGCAUCAGUGAAUAUUUUCAGAAUCAUUUUCACCUACGCACCUUUUUUCUAAAAUAGGUAUGAUGUAUGUAAAUACACAUAUAUUUUUUAGUAUAAUGUUAGUUGGGUUUGAUUAUAAAGUGUCAUCUUUUAUUUAUCAGCAUAUAACAAUGAUUGGCUUUCUUUUGUUGUUUUUGCAUCUUGAUGCAUUAAGAUAAAGUUCUAAACAUGUCUUUAUUAUAGAUUUCUUUAGUACUACAGUCUCCAGUCCAGAUCAUGGGGGAAGAUAAGGGGAAAAAGUGUGCUUUUACAUUUUGAGUUACUGUCAGAGUUACAUACACAGUUACACCAAACUUUCUUGUGGGGGGGGGGAGGACAUUGCAUUGUGCUACAAAUAUCUGAAUAUUUAUAUUUGUUUUUUUCCUUUCUUUACUUUCCAUUUCAUGUGUUGAUCAACUGGAGAUCUGUAACAGGUUAAUUUGUGACAGGAGUCAGAGUGUUUUGUCAUUGUCUUGUCUUUACUUUGUUCAGCGCCUCCUAUGGAAACAAUAAAACUUACUGUGUCAAUUGCUUUGAAUCUUUA